GCACACUGGAAACCACACUAACAGAGGUAUCACCAGUCUCCACACUCUCUUCACUAUCCACAGUCUAUCCAGUUUACGCAGUGUCUCUACCCAUGGACUUUACUGUCCACUCAUUCAAAUCUGACCUUAGACCAGUGGAUAUGGAACAUGAAGUUGGAACAAAACCUGAUCAGUAUGAUAUUACUUCUGACAGCAACGCCAAGCCUGAUCAAAACACAACACAUGUGUAUGCUGGGAGACCUGAUAGGGAUGAUGUAAAACCUACUGGAAAUAACAGAAGCCCUGUUGAUGACUCAGAGCUCACUGAUUGGCCAGUCCAGGCUCAGGAUAUAGUGGGAAGGUCUGCAGCAACAGAGAAGGAGCCGGAAACCAGUGUGGAACAGAAACACUGGCAGGAAAUGGCUGCCAUCACCAGUCACCCCACAAGAGAGAGCAGCCAUCUCUCUGAGGAAAGUGGAGGCUCUACUCCCGUCCCUCAGGACCUGCCUAGUGGGGACACUCACUUACAGCCCUGCAAAGGUCCUCCAUCCUCCUUGUCCCAUUUCCUUUCAAUAGGUUCAGAAUGGAGAGAUAGGAGGUUGAGUUCAGAGGGAGGAACUGAACCCACUGACUGCAGAAACCUGUCUGAGAAGAACACAGGAGACAGAACACACACGGAGGACAGAACACACGCGGAGGACAGAACACACGCGGAGGACGGAACACACACGGAGGACGGAACACACGCGGAGGACGGAACACACACGGAGGACGGAACACACACGGAGGACGGAACACACACGGAGGACAGAACAAACACGGAGGGCAGAACAAACACGGAGGACGGAACACACACGGAGGACAGAACACACGCGGAGGACGGAACACACGCGGAGGACGGAACACACACGGAGGACGGAACACAUACAGAGGACGGAACACACACAGAGGACAGAACAAACACGGAGGACAGAACAAACACGGAGGACGGAACACACACGGAGGACGGAACACACGCGGAGGACGGAACACACGCGGAGGACGGAACACACGCGGAGGACGGAACACACGCGGAGGACGGAACACACGCGGAGGACGGAACACACACGGAGGACAGAACACACACGGAGGACAGAACACACACGGAGGACAGAACACACGCGGAGGACGGAACACACGCGGAGGACAGAACACACACGGAGGACGGAACACACACGGAGGACAGAACAAACACGGAGGACAGAACAAACAAGGAGGACGGAACACACACGGAGGACAGAACACACACGGAGGACGGAACACACACGGAGGACGGAACACACGCGGAGGACAGAACACACGCGGAGGACGGAACACACACGGAGGACGGAACACACGCGGAGGACGGAACACACGCGGAGGACGGAACACACACAGAGGACAGAACACACACGGAGAACAGAACACACGCGGAGGACAGAACACACGCGGAGGACGGAACACACGCGGAGGACGGAACAUACGCGGAGGACAGAACACACGCGGAGGACAGAACACACGCAGAGGACGGAACACAUGCAGAGGACGGAACACAUGCAGAGGACGGAACACAUGCAGAGGACGGAACACAUGCGGAUGAAAGGGCAGAGAUACACACUGAGAAUAGAAUAUCCCUCCUAGAGGAAUGUGUUGCAACAGACAGCCUCAGUAGCGUGUGUAGUGUAGGAACACAGUCUGACAGUAGUUUAGGGACACUCCCUGAGGUCACUGAGUGUAGUAAUAUAGCAACAAAUGACAGUGUGUUUGUCACCCCUGUUUUCCCCCCUGUGACAUUUGGAUUCAGCCCAUUUGAUGAACCCCUGAAGUUUGUUCCCCACGGCAAUGACUGCUCAGAUGUGGACUACCCUGUAGACGAUGCAACAACGGCAGAUUCCUAUUUGUUGGUGGGAGUGCUGGGGGUGGAGCCUGAUCAGAUUGACGUUUACGCCUCGACCCCCUCUUACCAGAUACAGUUCCUGGGUCAGGGGUCACUGGCUGUCACCACGGACAUGGACACCAUGGGGGUGAGAGGACAGGUCGAGGAAGGGGGCAUGAUAGACAUGGUGUCAGAACUGCUGGGAGAGGAAGGGGACCCCACCCUCUCUGGCCUCUAUCCCUCUCCCUGGACGCAUUUAGGGCCAGGGCUGGUAGAGGAAGAGGUAUGUGGAGGAUGGGCCCAGGGGCUGGCCCAGGGUAUGGUCCCCAGCCAGGGUGAGGGUGAGGAGGGCUGCGAGGAGGAGCAGCCCUCUAGCUCCAUGGCCCUGCUGGGAGUCUACCCCACCUACAGCACUCUUCUGCCUCAGGACUCUUGUCUCUGGGAAUGGCACCAUCAGUACCAGCCUAAAUCCACCCUGGUCUCUGAGCUCAACCCCAACGCUCAGGUAUGGGCCAAUCGCAUGAUUAGUCUGGACCACUCAGGCCCCAUCUACACUGACUCCCGUCUACCAUGGCUAGCCGUUAACCAGGAAGGGUAUGACCAGGGAUAUGACCUGGAGGAAGUGGACAAGGCUCAGCUUGAACCGAGCGUCGUAGAAUUCACAACGGUCACUAUGGGAAACCUGUCAACCAAUGGCCUGGUCCAGGACAGCUGUAUAUCAGAGGAGCUCAUCGAUCAACUGAAGACCUCACUGGAGUCCUGUCUGUCACGGGAGAACCUUGCCAACGACCUCUACCUCGUUUCCCAGAUGGACAGCGACCAGUUUGUUCCCAUAACAACGCUAGCCAACCUCGACCACAUCAAGAAGCUCAGCACGGACUUGGAACUCAUCUCUGACGUCCUCAAGUCCUUGCCGCUGGUGGAGGUGGCAGAAUGUGGGCAAAAGGUACGGCCCAAUCAGGGACGCUGUAUCGUCAUCCUCCGGGAGGUCCCGGAGACCACACCCCCAGAGGACGUAAAGGCUCUGUUUGCGUGUGAGAGCCUCCCCAGGAUCCAGAGCUGUGAGUUUGCCCAGAACGACAACUGGUUCAUCACCUUUAAAACUGAGGCUGACGCUCAACAGGCAUUUCGGUACCUGAGAGAGGAGGUGAGGACGUUCCAGGGAAAACCCAUCAAGGCACGGAUCAAGGCCAAUGUGAUGGGAGUCACAUCUUACGCUCCAAAGAAUGGCUACAGGCCCCGGGCAAUGGACUCCUGCACAAAUCAGCAGCCUUACAACCCAUACUACGCCCCUCCCACUUUCCAGCAGCCCCUCCCACAGCUUUACCCAAUGACCAAUCAAAGCUUGGAUGCCAUGGCCGGAUACACGGACCCUGACCUGGUGAGAUGGACACACACACGUACAGAUGCAGGUACAAGCAUUUUCUCUCACACUGGUGUCAUUGGUGUUGUGUACAGCAGAUGGCGUCAUUAUCUGGCUUCAUGAACGGCUUCCCAGGAGGCCCCAGCUUCAAAAUAUCCCCCUCAUACAGACACAGUAGGGGGCACCGUGGGCAACGGGACCAGAGGCGGCGGUCUGGCGACAGGGAGCCGGGCCUUCUGGAUGACCCCC